UAUGCAACAAGCGCCAGUACCGCCCCCCAAGUCCCUCCCCCUUGUUUUGUUUAGUUAACCUAAUAAAACAAGGCCAGAAUAUAAACAUCAAUAACACGAAUAUCAUCCAGACACCUCAUGUAGUCUUUUGGAGUUGUCUACCGCAACAUGAAAUAUCCUUAACCUGUUCCCCCAGUGCCGAGCAAUAUAUUUGUCACCGUCCUGCGUACGUUUUAGCCAGGCGUUGGCGCGCACGUAUGUACCGUCAAAACGUAUGCAGGGAAGGAGAUGUGAGCUCACCAGAAGCUUGCACGAUAUGUAAUCUCUCUUGCACGCACACUUAGAUACAAAAGCGCUUGCCUAUUUUCUCUUCAUUCAUUCACUCCCAAAGACGUUUUUAAACGUCUUUUCAGACUUAGUCCAGAAUUGGCUGGUAGUGAAUAAGUUAAUAAUAAAUAUGAUUCUUGAAAUGCCAUGCUUUAAAAAUGAAUUUGUUGCUGAUAGGAACAGUUGUAAAUUGCCUUUGGGCUCAAUCCUUUUAGAGAGCUUUGAUAUCUGAAUGUAACUUCAGGUUGGCAGGUGAGUCAUUGAGCCACUCGUUUUUUUUUUGUUUCAUGAAUGUCGCUAUUUAUUCGGUUCACUUUUGUCGCCGUACGCUGAAGAGGUCAUUUUGAAACUGGACCAGCUGGAAAUUUCCUACUCAGGACUUGAUACUGCUGCUCUUCAGUCAGUGUGACCUGAGUUUGCGACUGAAUGCGUGCAAUGAAUGUGAGGGAGCAGCUGUCCCCCUCCCGUAGAAGAAGAAAAGAAGGGACCUCAUGAGGAGUGAGCAGGAAAACAAACUUCCCGGGGGCUUUUAAUGAGCGGGGGAUUUGAGUGGUUUCUCUGCUGGGGUUAAACUCCAAACUACGGACGCUUGGACUGCAACUUUUUCCAUCUUUUGCAAGGUCUUCAGCGUUCCAUCUGCCACUCUCGCUGGUGCUCUGUGACAAGCCUGACAAAUGGAGCUCAUCCAGAACCAGAACUCCACUCGGGGCUUCUCGAGCCUCCUCGUCUCCCGCUGGGAGUCGCCGCCGCAAAUGUCAUCAUAUGAAAAUAGUGUUAUCAUCACGCUGGGCGUGUUGACGUUUGCCCUCCAGCUGUGUUUGGCUCUCCUUGUCAUGUGGCGAUGUCUGAUGUUCGACAACAAAGUCAGAAAGGCUGUGGAGCGCUCGCAGACUUUGCAGAAACUCCAGAUUGAUCCCUCAUCCUGCCAGCGAGAUGUUUCCAAACAGACUUCUUAUCAGCCUUAUAAUGACAGCUGUUUAUCAUCCGCAGCUAUAGACGGAUGCUAUACGACUGCAACAGACCAAAACUGUCUCUUGGGACCAUCAAUACCUUGGGAUCUAGUUCAGUCCUGAAAAUGAAAAUUGCAACGAAUCGAAUCACCUCAUAGAUGAAGACAAACCCAGUUUGUCUUGGGCUGUUAUUGAAAUUGUUGUACCAAAUACUUUACAAAUAGCAAAGUGCAAUGAGCUGCUCAUGAGCAAAAUCACAGUGACCUGUUGUACGGGCGACAUGAUCAAGAAUCUGGUUCGGUGUCAGAUAGGUGCAGUCAAUGGUCACACAAUAAGUUCAAUGGCUGAAAUCAAACAUGUUUUGUUACAUCAUAACAUAAGUAACUUGUUCACAAUUACUACUAUUUUUUAUGUAUUUAAUUUUUAAUCGAACGGUGUUUGGCUGUUGCCUGUUGCUUUGUGUAAUUUGCUUUGCGACUACCACAAAAAGUACUGAAUUGUUAUUCACGCACUGGCCACUAGCGCAACAUCUCUUCAAUCAUACCAGUAUGUGAAAACACGUUAUUUACAACAUCACGAUCGAUUUCACUGUUUAAGUUUAAUUUUUUUUGUUGAAAUAUUUUGAAUUACCGGUAUGUUUUGUGUAUUUGUGGAUUGGUAUUAUUCGGAGUUCGCGUGUAGUUCCAGGAAUCACCAGCAGGUGGCGGUAGUGCAAGAAACAUCAUCGAGUGUUAACAGUCUUAUAUCAAGUAAAGAAGAGCGAUAACGCCGACUAUACCAAACAAACGAGUCAUUCAAUGAUUUUCACUGUCUAAAACUAGGUUUUAAGUGGAGUUAUUCUCAUUUUGUGUUCUUUGCUUUAAUAGUUGAGCAUGGAUUAAUGAAUAGUCACACCAGGUAUGAGGUCAACGGAAACAUUUGUCAUUGCCGUGUUCGCGUGGCUAGCUAACUGGCUAACGGUGGCUAUCAGCAACUUUUCGUCAAGAAGAUGGAGUCUGGUCUUUUUUCAACAAUUUCCCAAGGUAGCCCAUUACCCCUGGCAUCACUCCGCCUCUUGGUGCCACCUCUGCAUCUCCUGUCAGCCUCCAUGUGGCAAACCCUGGAGAAACAACAAGUCAUGAGCUACUGGGAAAUUGCCGACUUUGUCUCUUUGGCUAUGGAGAUGGUCCCGGAGCUGCUCGUAUGCAAGCACUGGAUUCAACUCAACCUGGGUUUAAGAGCCAGGUAUAUUCUGGAAUUAUGCCGAGGUGAACAGCCGCUGGAAUGUGACAUCAUCUUGUCUCUCCUGGCUAAGAUUAAACAACAAAACAUCUUUGCAGUCGACGUUAAUGAAGAAGAGGAAGCCGCAAUUUGCUUUCGGGAGUUAAUUCAGGUUCUGCUCAAGGAUCCCGAAGAGAGACAGCACUUCUUUGUAGGGGUCUUCCCUUUGCAGUACGGACCAGAGUAUGACCGGGAUUUAAAGGCCUUGUUUUGGGAGUUCCUGUGUCGACUAGUUCAGUUGUUACCUGUUCCUGAUCUCAAAGAGACUGUAUGCUGGCUCGGUGCGUCAAUAUCAACUGAACGUGUGCAUUCGCUCACUGAAGCGAAUGACCUCAAGGUUUUGCUCCAGCACCACAAAGACCAUAAACGGUUAAAGCAACAUGUUCCAGCCACAAGCAUGGGGGGCAAUAUCCUUGCCUCGCUCUCUGCCUUUCAUGCAUGCAGAAUGGCAAAAGCUGAAGAGCGGCCUCACGAAUCAGGCCCGGAUGGUGACUGUCCCAUCCAUGUGCCCACAAUGGAUGAGGUGACAGUUAAGAUCAUUGCAGAGGUUGAAGACAACGGCGGAGUCGAGCAAGCAGAAGGGACGACAGCAGACGUGGAUGAUGGGAAAAAAGAGAAAGAAAUGAAUGAAAAGCCACAAAGUGACCUCACGCCGACGCACCAGGCGGUCGUUCACGAGGACGCCUCUGCUUCCGUUCGGCCUCCGAUCUCUUCGGGACCUCACGACUGUCCGGACUGCAACAUGAAAUUCAAGUUUGCCUCGUCGCUCACAGCCCACCGGGUCAUCCACACCGGGGAGCGCCCCUACCGCUGCUCCGAGUGCGGCCUCUGCUUCUCUUACCGGCAGGCCUUGAGGUGGCACAGAAACCUGCACAAAACUGCAUGCGAGUACGAAUGCGACAUCUGUGGGGAGACUUUUCCGUCCGUGUCGGCGCGCUCCGACCACGAGCGAAAAGCGCACGUGGCGGGUGGCGCGUUUGCGUGCCCGCAGUGCGAGAGCAAAUUCACCUGUGAGACGACGCUCUCGAAGCACUUGGAAACUCACGUCGGGUGUGCGGGGGAUGCCGGAAAGCUACCGGGAAACGCGGCUGUCGUUUCUCUCGUCAACGUCCGUGCAAGCCGGCGCAAACGCAAACCCACCAUGAAGGUCCAAGUCAUCAACUUGCAGAAACGCAUGAACAGCAGGACAAAGCAGGAAGUCACCAGGGAGAGACCACCGACCUCCUUAAGUUGUUCCGAGCAUUCGUACUGGUCGCCCUCCGUCUCGACAAAGGACGCUGACGCAACUCGCCCGGCAGAUGGCACGUCGACGGCUUUCCAUCAUUCAGAGGAACAUCGGUCGGGGCAACACACGGAGCGCGGUCGCUCCGAUGAUGCCAAAAUGGCCGCCGCCGUCCCAGAUGGUCGUUUCAACUGCCAAGACUGCGGCAAAAGCUUCAAGUUCCUCUCCCUGCUGAAAUCGCACCUGCGCAUCCACACGGGUGAGCAGCCGUUCCUCUGCUCUCAGUGCGGACGACGUUUCUCCUUCAAGCAAUCUCUGGAGAGACACAAGCAGACCCACAAGUCCGGAUGCGGGCUCGAGUGCGCCAUCUGCGGGGAGGUCUCAAAGUCCUUUGCGGAUCAAAAGGCGCACAUGGACGCCCACACGGAAAACGAGCGCUUCGUGUGCUACGAGUGCAAGCGCACGUUCGCGUGGAAGUCUGCGCUGGUGAGGCACCUGAAGACACACGGCGAGGACGCCGACAAGGCGGAGAGUUCGCUCCGGUGUCCCCAGUGCGAGCUGAGCUUCCGUCACGCCGGCUCCCUCGCCAGACACCUCCGCACGCACCGGGAAGAGCGAGCGUACGUCUGCAGCUGCGGCAAGAGCUUCGCCUACCAGACGGCGCUCACCGCCCACCGGCGGAUCCAUCAGAAAGAGCGGCCGCACGUUUGCGCGCAGUGCGGCAAGGGCUUCCUCUACAAGGGCGGCCUGGCCAACCACAUGAAGAUCCACUCGGCGGAGAUGCCCUUCAUGUGCUCCUUCUGCGGCAAGCGCUUCAAGCGGGAGCGCAACAUGAAGAAGCACGAGCGCUGCCACACGAGAGAGAACGUCUACGGCUGCUCGCGGUGCGACAAGAGUUUCGUGUACAAGGCCACGCUGAUCCGCCACGAGCUGACGCACUCGGGCGAGAGGCCGUACCUGUGCUCGGACUGCGGGAAGGGUUUCUUCUCCCACGGCGAGCUGCUCAAGCACGAGCGCUUCCACACGGGCCACAAACCCUUCGGCUGCCCGCACUGCGGGAAGACGUUCACCCAGUCGUGCUACCUGACCGUUCACCUGCGCUACCACACGGGCGUGCGGCCGUACGCCUGCACCGAGUGCGACAAGAGUUUCUUCAGCGCCACCCGCCUCAAGAGACACACACAGACGCACACGGGGGAGAAGCCCUUCCGCUGCGGCGAGUGCGGCAAAGCCUUCAAGCAGUCGUAUAACCUCAAAAUGCAUCACCGGACGCAUAAGAUCACAUAGCGAGGAACUUUUUAGGCAGAGUGCCCGCCGGAGUACCAAGUCGGGGAUCUGCGGGAAAUUUCAGGGUGAACCGAAAAUCCGCAGGUGAGCAGAAUUAACUCCUUCACUCCCAAAGACUUUUUGAAACGUCUUUUCAGACUUGGCUGGUACUGAACGAGUUAAUAAAUAAUAAAGAUAAUAUAUAUGGAAAAUAUAAAAAUGAAAGAAAUAAAAAAUAAUAAAGAAGGUAUUCACGGCGCUUCCCUUUAUCCAAAAUUGCAAAAUUAUUUUUUAAUAAUCUUGAAUUUCUUUGCUGCCAUUUUUUUUACGAGGACAAAAGUCACACCAAAAAAAAAAAAAAGAAAAAUCAUGACGGGGUGUGUAGAUUUCAAGUAUUCAACUUGCUUUCAAUAUUUUACUGCCUUACUGUACCGUUUUAAAUUUACACACCUUUCCAUAUCUUGUUCGAACCUCGAAAUGAAAUGCAAGAACUUUCCUGUACUUGUUGCCAUUUUCAGGCGUUGCGUACAUAAUUCAAUGCAUUUUGGACUAAGGCUGUAAAAUUCUAAAAUGCGACUACUUUUAUGUACUCAAUUUGUGGAGUUGGCCACGUCCUGUUAAGUUCAGCACGCAAGUUUGUGUUCUCGGUUCAUCCAUAAAUGUCGCCCCAAAUCCAAACGGGCCUCUAUCCAGGUUUUACAGCGUAAAAACGACCACAAGUUUGCUCUAGAAAUCAAACUUUUAUUUGUGCGAUUCAAGGUUAAAGGAC